CACGCAUAACCUCACAUUGUGAGAUCAAAACAAGAAAGUUUUCUCCGUGAUUUUUGUGCAUUUUCUUGGGAUUUCCGUCACUGCUGAGACAUGCCAAAGAUUCGACGGAGUCGCAAACAGCCCCCAGAUGGAUGGGAGUUGAUUGAGCCCACGCUGGAGGAGCUGGAACAGAAGAUGCGCGAAGCGGAAACGGAGCCACACGAAGGGAAGCGCAUCAAUGAGAGUCUGUGGCCCAUCUUUAAGAUCCACCACCAGAAGUCCCGCUACAUCUAUGACCUCUUCUACCGGCGGAAGGCCAUCAGCAGAGAGUUGUACGAGUACUGCCUGAAGGAGAAGAUCGCCGAUGGGAAUCUCAUUGCCAAGUGGAAGAAGUCCGGCUAUGAGAAUCUCUGCUGCCUGCGCUGCAUCCAGACGAGGGACACCAACUUUGGCACCAACUGCAUCUGCCGCGUGCCCAAAUCGAAGCUGGAGGAGGGCCGAGUGGUGGAGUGCGUCCAUUGCGGCUGUCGCGGCUGCUCCGGAUAAUGCUGUCCAGCCGUCAGGCGCUGGGGAUCACAAUAAAGACGCAAAGGAUGAGGAUAAAGCGUUUAUUUAUAGAGGAAGACAUUCCCAGAAUUUGGAUUAAUACUUUGCUGAUUUUGAUAUCCCGCGUCGGUGAUUCAGGGUGAAAGCGGACUAAAAUCUAAGGAUUUUGAUGAGUUACUGAAUUUAGGACUUUUUAUGUAAAAAAAAAAUUGAUUAAAGAAGUGCGACUUGAGAAAUCGUUUUCUUUGGCUGUUUGAAUUGUCUCAACUUUGCAUACUUCCCGGCGUGACUCACGAGCCUCAAGACAUCUGGUGGCAGACCGUCA